AACUGUGUCAUUAUAUACAUAUUGACAGACUGUACAACACAGUUUCAUUGAGUAAACGGCAAAAGUUGCACAAAGUAAUAGACAGCUACGAAUAUUGAUUAGGGGUUGACGUUGUGCCUGUGUGCGCGGCACCCUUCACAUCACAGUGGCAGUGUGCGCGGUGCGCGCGCUGUGUGAGUGCGUGCGUUUUGCUGCCCACUGCCCAUGUGCUAGCGAACUUACGGCCGGGUAUACUGUGCCGUACAAACCAAUUAUUAACACUAAUGAUAAUUUUACAAAAGAUUCAAUACCUCCACGAGAAAACCACGCAAAAACGAGCCACGACGUGAUACAGAAAGAUUAAACAUUCUCGAUGUUUAAUCACAAGUUACCGACUGACUUUCCAAUGCAAACCCUCCGUAAGAAAACCAGCCCUUGCAAAUACAAGAACGAGCCGGGCCGAUUUCUUGGCGAAGGUGUGUCAUUUCGCGCCAAAUUGAUUGGUGUUUUGGAGGUACCAGAAGCGCGCGGAGACAGGAUGUGCCAGGAGGCGCUAGCGGAUCUAAAAAUGGCGAUCAGGGCAGCUGGCGAGCACAAACAACGCAUACAGGUCCACGUCGCCAUCGAUGGGUUACGACUGCGUGAUGAUAAAACUGGUGAUUCCCUGUACCAUCAUCCGGUUCACAAGAUAUCGUUCAUCGCACAAGACAUGACUGACUCGCGUGCGUUUGGAUACAUUUUCGGUUCCCCAGACACGGGCCAUCGGUUCUUCGGUAUCAAGACUGAUAAAGCAGCUAGUCAAGUAGUAAUAGCAAUGAGGGACUUAUUCCAAGUAGUGUUUGAAUUGAAGAAGAAGGAAGUAGAAAUGGCCAAGCAACAGUUGGAGGGCAAGACAGUCACCAGCACUCUAGCGAGACAUACGACGAGUAUAGUGGAAACUAAAGCCAAGAGUAUAACGACGAUCGGCGAAAAUAAUUCAUCAACGUCUAAAAGCACUGAGACUGGUGCAGAAGGCGGCGUGGCGGAACUAGUUGACUUAGAACAGGAACUGAGUUCAUUAAGAAGAGGACUCACGCAAGUGGAAGGACUGACACCGUCCACGGACCCUUUUGGCGACUCAUUUAUAAUGCCAUCGUCUCAGAAGGGCCUGUUGCCUCCGCCGCCUUCGGGCAGUUCGAGCCGCGGGCGCAGCACCCCCGCCGCCCGCGCCGCGCUCAGCCCCGGCAAGGGCUCCGCGCCGCCGGCCGCCUCGGCCUCCGCCCCCGCCGCCGCCCCUUCAGCUUCCACGCCCCUGCCUUUCGACUUGGCAGCCGUCGCCGGCGACUUCGAACCGUCCAGCAUCGUAGACAACCUCACUGACACACCGGUGAGCCAGCCCGGCCCGUCCACGACGACGCUCAGUUACGACGUAUUCACCGAACUAGAUCCCCUCGGCACCGGCCGGAGUAAACCUUACGUUGACAAAAAACUCUUCUUUCAGGAGCUCAAAAAUCCGCCAAAGAAAGUGCUCAAAGACCUCGUUCCGACGACUCAGUCGCUCCUUACUGACAUAUUGCCGGUCACGACCGAGGCUAAGUCCGAUUACGGGCCAGCGACCACAAUGACGUCACUGUCCCGCCACUCCGGUGGCACCGUGGCGAUCGCGAAGCCGCAGCCCGCCAUGUUCACAGGGAACUUUUUCACGGCGGAUCCCUUCGCGGAGACGGACCCGUUCGAUAACACUGAUCCGUUUUCGGACUCGUUCAAGGAUGACCCUUUUACGAGUAUGCAGGAAUUCCCGAAGUCGAUGAGGGCGGACGAUGCGAGGAGGCCGAGUAGAGACGUGACACAUGACAAGUCUGAGAGUAUCGAGAGCGGCAAGAACGUGUUCAAUGGACCUUUACAAGUGACGCUGCCACCGGAACCGGUGCCGAAAUCGCCCAGGCUGCAGAGACAGGGCUUAGAAUCGAACUCGCUAUCGAUGACUAGUCGAACGAGAGCGAUAGGCGGUUCGCCCCCGCCUCCGCUGCCGCCCAAGAAGCCGGCGGACGUGUGCGCGGUGCGACCUCCGCCGCGACCGCCGCAUGACGAACCGCCUUCCGCUCCCUCGCCGCUCUCGCUCGCUUCCGCGUCCGUUUCCACCUCCGCCGGACCACCGUUACCGCGGCCUGCCAGGAAGAAGGAACCCUUGGCGGACCGCAGCAUGAAGCCGCGGCUGUCGUCCGCGUCGGCGGCCACCAACAGCAGCGAGGAGGAGUACCUGACGCCGGCGCCGCCGCCGCUGCCGGCCGCGCGCCGCUUCGACAUCACGCUCAGCCAGCUGCUCACCUGCACCAUGGACGAGCUCGCGCACAGAUUACGGGUACCAGCGACUACUCUUUCUUGCAUGACUCUACCUCAAUUAACAGAAUACCUCCGUUCAUAUUUGGCAUCCGAUAACGAGAGAGCACACAUCAACAUAGACUCUUCGAUGCGAACGGACAAAGACAAAACUAUACUACCAUCGUCAACUGUGACGAUACCGGAUAAACCCGUCCCCUCCGCACCAUCUAUAUCUGAAUUCCGAUCACAGUUUGAAGAUAAUUUUGCUCCAACGGAAUCUAAUGAUAGUUUCGUAGCAAACUUUGACGACUUUGAUAAAAAGGCCAACCCAUCAUAUGAUCGAUAUGCAGCGUUCAGAGAAAUACAAGAACAGGAACUAAAAUCGAAGUCAAUAUUAGAUCCUGUAGAUAUAGGUGAAACAGAUUCAAAACAAGACUCGGACGAAAAAGAAGAACUCAUGGCCAUAAAUGACCUAAUGCGAGCGAAAGAGGAUAUGAAAGUAGAUGCAAAAGAAAUGUCGAGAAGUCCACUAAGAACGCUAGACGAGCUGACACUGGAUACCUUUAAUAUGUUUCGAAGUUCAGUCAGUCCGAAGCCUAUGAAUAUCGACAUUAAAAUAGAAGAUAUAAAGACAGUGAUGAAGAAUUUGCAUUUAGAUAAAUCCAGAAGGAGUGUGUCACCACGGGAUAAUGGUAACAUUGAAAUAAAACAGGAUGAUGCCAGUGAUAGAUACGCGGCAUUACGCGAGAUUACUAUAACAGAGCCACCUCAGGAUGAGUUUGAAUCGUUACCCCCGGAAGCGCCAAAGGAACGUAAAAAGUCUGAUGAGAAAUCGGACGGUUUCGAUAACUCCGAUUUCUUCGAUUGUAUUGAUAAUAGUUCGCUAUCGUUCUCGCAUGUCGAGGACGCAUUUAGGAAGAGUCCAAUAGUGAAAGAGAAAGAAGAAGAACGAAAAUUGGAGGAAAAGAAAGAAGUGCAGAUAGAAUUAGCGCCAGUAAGAGAAUUACAACCACCCCCAGCACGGUUAUCUACAGAGUCUAUCAGUGACGUCGCUAGUGGCUCUUCCCCUGACACUAAAGAGAAGUGCGUGAGUGCGCGCGGCGUGUGUGCGGGCGGCGGCGGGGGCGCGGGGGCGGCGGCGGGCGCGGGCGGGGCGGGCGGCGGCGGCGGAGGGGGAGGGGGCGCGGGGGGCGGCGCGCGGUGGUCGUCGCUGGGCGCGGCCGCGUCGCCGUGGUCGUCCGACUCGCGCGACUCGGAGCCCCGCCCGCGGCGACGCAAGCUGCACACGCCGCCGGACAAGCGCGCGCACAGAGUGCAAACGUCGUCGUCGUCCCGCGACGUGUCGCCGUGGGAGGAGGAGCGGUCGCCGGCGUCCCCCGCGCCGCCCGCGCACCCCGCGCUCCCCGCACUCCCCGCACACCCCGCACACCCCGCGCUGCCCGCCCAGCGCGGACACCGCGCGCCUGCACACCACCGCGACCGAGACCGCGACUCCAGACACAAUUCCUCCGGCUCCAGAGAAUGCCUAGACUCGGGGAGCGGCCGCGAAAAAGAGAAAAUAAGGGACAAACGCGACCGCGAACUGAGCAGAGACGGACGAGACGCGGGACGCGACCGCGACCGCCGCGACUCGGGCAGCGACCGCCGCCGCGACCGCCGCUCGCGGGACCGCGACGACUCCUGGGACAGGGACCGCGCCUACCGGGACAGGGACUACAGGGACGCGCGCAGCCGCGACCGCUCCAAGGACUACCGGGACAAGGACCGCGACAGGCACAGGAAGGCCAGGCUCUCCUAUGACGAGGACGAAGAGGACUAUAGUGAUGGAUGCGGUUCAGGGAGAUCGUCGCCGCGUGACAGGUGGCCCGACCAACGCUGGAGACGAGAUGAAAGAAAUUAUGGUUCAUUGGGCUGGCGAGAAACGAGGCGUAGGGCUGAAAUAAGGCAGAGUGAAGAUCCCAGUGAUAGAAGAUAUGGCUCAACACUUGGUUGGCCCGGGCGUAGAACGGCAGCAAGUUCAAGGCGCGAAGUGCGCGAAGUUCGCGAAGCACGUGAAGAGAGAGAAGCAAGGGAGGCGCGAGAAGCACGGGAAGUGCGGGAAGCGAGGCGGAGGGCGCGCCGGGAGGAAAGGCCGCGGAGGGACUAUAGGUUCUCCAAUGACUUCUCCCCCAGGGACCAUCCCUCGCCCUUCGAUAACGACUUCCAGGACACGCCCACGUCUGCUACUAAGAAAAGGGGGCCGUACUCCACAUUAGAAGGAACAAGGUUCGCGUUCGACCCCGAGGAGAUCGGCGCUUCCCCGCAGUCGGCCGGUAGUUCCCGUGCCCGGGACGGCGACUCACCGGCCACACGAUUCCGGUUCGACUCCGAUUCUAUAUCACCUCGCUCGAUGUUCGAGGACGAUUUCACGGCCGCCUCCACGCCCCGAGGCAGAACUGCAUCUAUAGCUGAGGAAGACGAAAGCGACGUCCCGCCUCUCAGAUCGAAGCCCCAAUCGGCCCAUAGAGACAUAAAAAAGUCAGAAUCGGUAAAUAUAUUCACGCGAGAAAGUGACCCGUUCGAGGGAGACGCGUUCUUCGCAUGCACUGGGUCAGACCGCGCGGCGAGGCGAGACAACUGGCCCGGUGACUUCCAAGGUUUCGACAACGCGUGAGCCCUGCGCUCUGUCCGGUUUGUUACUCUGUGACCGGAACAGACUCGCCAUUAUUGAUUACUAAACAUAAUCACACCUUUGCGGGUCACGUUGGCACGUUUUAGUAGACGGGUAUGGACUUUUCUGGUCAGUGUAGAUAGAUACAUUAGUAAUUUAUUAUUAUGGAAUAUACCCAUAAUGUAUGACCGCAUAUAAGUAAGUAUUGAAAAUGAGAAGAGGUCACAUAGAUUUCAUUUUAAAUUAUUUUUCAAUUGUUUUAUAUGUUUAUUCUGAGUUAUACAAAAAAAUUUAAAAUAUUUGAAUUGAUUCUACAUAGUAUUUCAUUUUGUGGAAAUGAAGUGUGAUCAUGCAACUACUGCAUUGCAUGACAGUCUAGACACAACGGAAAUGGCGCGUCUUGCUAUUAAAUAUAUUAAAUUAAUUACAUUUUCAUGGAUCUCAGUAACGGAAAUAUGCAAUUAUUAAAAUUGAAAUUCUAAAUAUGUAUUAUCCACUGUGGGUACAAAAAUUACGAUAGAGUCGCCAUUAUAAUAAGCCUUUCUUUGAUGAUUGAAUUUUAAUUUUAAACAAUGUUCCGUUACUAGUUUUAGUUACAUAAAUCAAUAUAUAUUAUAAUAAUUUAUGAUUCUGUAUGCUAGUGUAAACUGUAAUAACAAUAUAUGUACUUGCAAAGUGUGAAAAAUGUAUUAUCAAUCCAUAUCAUUGAAGGCAGAAUUUUUAAAUCGAAUACAAUUAAAUUACACAUCAAAUUUAAAAUUUCAGUUCUAUAUAUUUUUUUUAAUAAAUUUAAACCCACACAGUACCCGUGACAUAUGGUAAGUGGUAGUUAUAAGUGACGUGCCGCUAUUUAUUAACUAGUCGAGUAAGGCUGUACACACUUGACCAUUGUCACCCUACUAGUAUUAUGUAUACGUAUGUUAAGACAUAUAUUGAUUUGGAUAAAACCAGUCCAAGUUUAUAUAGGCCUUGAGUCGCAACCUGUGAUAUGUAUAAGCAACGCCCUAUUAUUAUAUUUUGUUAAACGCUUCUGUAUUGUGUAUUGUGAUAUUGAAUCACUGUUAUCGUCAAAGUCCGAACCAUACCUCCUUUAUUCGACUUUUUUCUAAAUUAGACAUUUAAAAACAAGUUGGGCAAUAUUAGAGUAAUAAUUUAAAAAUUAUAUAAAGUCAAUCAAUACCAAAAUAUUUAAUACUCCGUUUAAAUAUUACGUAUUAUAUACUAGCCAUUUGUCCCGUUGUCUGGUCAAUUAUCUCGAUAAAAGACACUUAAUAGUUUUUUAGUAUGAAUAAAAUAAGCAUAUAAAUGUUUUGCUUUUUGUAAGACAGAGAUGGACUUAUUUGGAGACUAUUCCAUCCCCUUUUUUUAACCGUAAACAAUUAUAAUUAUAACAGUCACCUAAACCGCGUGCGGAUUACACACCCUUCGCAGUGUUUAAUACUAAUUUUAAAGUAAUGCCCUAGAACAAACCUACAUAUGUGUAUGUGACGCUGAUUCUAACCAAAUAACUUAUAUGAUUAACUAUUAAAAACAAUAUAUAAAAUAGUCAAGUAUAGCUAUAAAUAUAUACCUUUUGCUCUUUAUAAACAUGAUUUCUAAAAAUAAUAUUAUUAAUGAAA